AUGCCGAACUUAAGAUCUCCGCUCGCAGUUUCUCUUUUCACUGGCGAUGGCAGCAGUUCCGAGGUCAGCGCGGGAUCAGAACCCACGAACGCUGCUGAAAUGGGUUUAAAGACGAGUGCUGGAUUGGGUGAUUUAACAACAGAAGAUACCCGAUCUCUUGGGCUGCUGGUGUCAUUCUUGUCGCCGUCCUACAAAAUCACCCAUGACUUUCUCCUCCGCGGAGGGUCACCUCGGAAGCGCUGGACUCCAGGUGGCGGCAUCGAAGAGGUGGACGCGAUCACAGCGGGUCUCUCUCCUGAGCUCACCGGCCUGCUCUCUGAUCCUCCUAGGCUCAGUAACUCCCUCCGUGCCCUAUCAACAACCAUCUUGAAGAGAUCAGAUCAGGCCUACAUCUUAGAUGUGGAGGCUGCCAAGCGUAUCCGCCGGGACCUCUCCACGGAGGCGCUGGCUUCCUGGGAAACACAGGUUCUGAUCGUUGCGUACAGAGCCUGCUCUUGGAAGUACAUCGAGCCCAGCAAUUUCGAUGCUUCUUCGAUCACGCCGCACCUUCAGUAUGCCGCCCAAACUUAUGGAGACUGCUGUGAACGUCUAAGUACCGACACUCGAGCCGACCUCGUUCUUACUCUUCUCGAAGCGACACGGUUUCCCACUUUGACAUGGAAACGUUUUGUGGUUUCUCAGGCGGCUGCAGUGGUACGAGGCCUAAACAGCGGCCAGGCUGAGCACUUGUAUCUAUCAUUACGUCUCAGUUCAGCACAGUCUCUGCUUCACCGGCUCGAAGGCAAUCACGAAGCUGCUGUCAAUGUUGUUGAUACUUUCAUCCAUAAACAACAGCCGGACACUCCUGAUCGGAGGACAAAUGCGGCCUUGGGCCACUUGACGCUGCAACGGGCCCUGAACUGCGUCCAAGUCGAUGCCCUCCCCCAAGCCGAGCGGGUUCUAGCGGAGUGGCGCCCUCUCAGUGACGAGCCGUCGCUCAUGGAACAAGUCGUGCGAUUCCGCAGGGGCAUGACGCUCGGGCGGGUCUUUAGAACCCAGGGCAGGUUCUCAGAAGCGUACACCCAAGUGAAGAGAUCCCAUGACCUAGCCGAGCAGCUCCAGGACCUCAGCUUCGACGAAGACCGGCGGGACCUCACCUGCGAGAUGGCGGACACAUUGCGAGAGCUCGACAAGCCCGAGACCGCUGAGGUAUACCUGCGGCGAGAACUCGCACGAAGGGGAGAUGGCAUGCAGGACCCGCCCGCCUCGGGCAAGUCGCUGCUGGAGGCGUCCCUGGCGGAGGUUCUCUUCGCACAGGGACGGAUUCAGGAGGCGGAGCGCGUCUGCACAGAGGCCGGGUCGCGGGCGGACAACCUCAUGAAACUCGGCAAGCUGCGCAUCUGCCUCGUGCUGGCCAAGAUUCACCACACCAGGUCCGAGCAUGAGGGGGCGCUGCGGUAUUGGGACGAGGCUAUACGGCAGGUCGGGAGGUUCCCGGGAACGGCUGGGAGGACAAUGCGCACGAUAGUGCUGUCCAGGAGGGACAACAUACGGUCCCUGAGACUCACUGAGCCUCGGGAUCAGGUUCUGCGGCACACGGCCUCGUCAGACGCGCUGGGAACACCUGGAGGGAUGGUGUAUUGGAUCCCGGGGAUGCGUCACUGGCAGGAUUAUUUGGACUCCGAGGCAACGUGGACUCGGAUGUGA